AUUUCUGUAAUACAAAGCUAAAACUCACACACACACAAAAUCACACAUCCAAAAAUAUCUCAAAAUCGCAACCAAGUCAAUCAAAAAAAGGGAAAAUGGAUUUUAGGCUGAUGGAUAUCGACAACACACCAUUGUUCCACACUCUCCAGCAUAUGAUGGACAUUGCCGGUGACGAAUCUGACAAGCCAGUCAAUGCCCCAUCAAGGAACUACGUACGUGACGCCAAGGCCAUGGCUGCCACACCAGCUGACGUGAAAGAAUACCCAAAUUCUUACGUCUUUAUUGUUGAUAUGCCAGGUUUGAAAUCUGGGGAUAUCAAGGUGCAGGUGGAAGAGGACAAUUUGCUGAUGAUAAGUGGAGAAAGGAAGAGAGAAGAAGAGAAAGAAGGGGCUAAGUAUAUCAGAAUGGAGAGAAGGGUUGGGAAACUCAUGAGGAAGUUUACACUGCCGGAGAAUGCGAAUACUGAUGCAAUUUCAGCUGUUUGUCAAGAUGGGGUUUUGACUGUCACUGUUCAGAAGUUGCCUCCUCCUGAGCCAAAGAAACCCAAAACCAUUGAGGUUAAAAUUGCUUGAAGGGGUCUAGUUAUGCUCUGUUUUGUGGACAAGGAAAUGAAAGUUUUUUUGUUUUCAUGUUUGGUGGUAUGAUUAGUGUUAAUAAAGAUGGUAGAGAUGUAGGAUUACUAUUUCUUACAUCUUGUUUUGUUGAUGUGCUCUCCAUGCCUUGGUAAAGUAUUAUCAAUGCCAUGUGAAAGAACUAUAUAUUGGGCAUGAUAUUGUUUGUUUUGGAGUUUAAUGCAGUGCAAUGCUUCUAGUA